AUGGAGGGAUCUUCAUCCUCUUCGGCUAUCUUCUAUGAUUUUCUCGAUCGAAUGCGAAACCCUGCUUCCCUCGAUCUCGUCCGAUCCAUCAAAAGCUUUAUUGUCUCAUUUUCGUUUUACGCGGCCAACCCUGAAAAUGACGGCAAAAAGGUUCAAGAAUUCUACACAACAAUGGAAGACGCUAUUAGGGAUCAUCCAUUGUGGGCAGGUGCCACUGAUCAGGAGGUUGAUUGUGCAAUGGAGGGUUUGGAGAAAUAUGUCAUGACAAAAUUGUUCUCCCGGACCUUUUCUUCUACUCCCGAGGAUGUAAAGAUUGACCUUGAAACCUCGCAGAAAAUACACUUGUUGCAGACCUUCUUGAAGCCUGAGCAUUUGGAUAUUCCAACAGUUCUACGCAAUGAAGCUUCAUGGCUGCUUGCAGAAAAAGAAUUGCAGAAAAUUAAUGCUUUCAAAGCCCCUCGUGAGAAGCUUCUGUGUGUUAUGAACUGUUGCAAGGUCAUCAACAAUUUAUUGUUGAAUGCAUCAAUGUCAGAAAAUCAUGUACUGGCAGGAGCUGAUGACUUUCUUCCUGUCCUUAUAUAUGUUAUGAUCAAGGCCAAUCCUCCACAAUUGCAUUCCAACCUCAAAUUCAUUCAGUUAUAUCGAAGGCAGACAAAACUUGUGUCUGAAGCGGCCUAUUACCUCACCAAUCUUGUCUCAGCCAAAACAUUUAUUUUUGAAUUAAAUGCUAAAUCUCUUUCUAUCGAUGAAAUCGAAUUUGAAGAGAGCAUGCAAGCAGCAAGAACGACCAAUAAAGAGACAGAAAAGGAAGCCACGCCCACUUUGGAAGAAAGGACAACCUCGCAAGGCCAGACCGAUCCUGGCCCUUCAGCAAGAUCACAUGAUAAAGAAACAAGUGGUGCAUCAAAUUACCCUUAUAUGGACAAAGAGGCUGGGGAUUUGACAAUUGGAGAUGUGGAGAGGUUGCUGAGUGUGUACAAACAAGUUGUUACCAAGUAUACUGGUCUCUGCACAGCCGUUAAACACCUUUCUCUUUCUAGGACAGAACCCCAUGUCACUAAUUUAGAAGCUAGAAAUGUUUUCUUAACACAGCCCGAGAAAACAGAGACAAAAAAAAACUCCUCUCAAAAUGAGGCGAUGGGGCAAAGUUCGCAAGGAACUCCUAAAACGUGA